AGAGCUCAGCAGCAGCACGCUGACUGGGUGUGACGCAGACCACGGUAGUAGGAUAUAAUAAACGCCCUCAUUCACUUCCCUGUUCACUGAGAGUUUUGCAGGGUUGUGUCCUCAGCAUGUCUGCCUCUGAGUGGAAGAAGAGAUUUGAGGAAGAGUGGAGUCUCCACGGAGCUCCUCUGCCCGACACCGUGGACUGGAAGACCGUGUAUGAAGCCAAACCACUGGGGAGGAAUUUACUGAAGAACCCUUCACCUCACGGUGUGAGCAAAGAUGUCCCUCCACCUGAACCAGACUUGCCCCAAGUGCCAGACCGUGGACCUCCACGGUUUGAACCUGAAGGCAGCUUCAGUGGAUGGACAACAAGCACAGAAACCCUCCCCUAUGACACAAGCAGCAUCCCACCUGGUGCUGUCGGUCAGGCGGGACGAUACAGCUGGUUCUCCAUGGAGCAGGUGGUGGACCUGAAGGCGGAGGGACUGUGGGACGAGCUGCUGGAUGAGUUUCAGCCUGAAAUUGUCAUCCAGGACUGGUAUGAGGAGAGCCAGCUGCAUGAUAAGAUCUACGAGCUUCAUGUGAAGUUACUGGGAGCAGACAAAAGCACGGUGAUCGCAGAGCACUCUGUUCAGCCCACCGAGGACCGCAGCCAGUACUCACACAACUGGAAGGAGGUGUCACACGUGUUCUCUGGUUACGGACCCGGGGUGAGAUAUGUUCACUUCCUGCACCGGCUGAAGAACAUGUUCCUGAAUGGCUUCCACCAAACGAUCUUCAGCGGCAGCUCAGUGAUUGUCAAACCCACAAAAAGCAGCUCUUAGAUGGAGGACCUCUGCAGAGAAAACAUACAAGCCUUUACUUUAAGUCUAACCAGCAUGAUCAACACAAAAACGCCUUAGUCUAGUAACUGGAUGCUUGAUUUUAAUGCACUAUAAAUAUAUCCAUUACAGUGUGCCUUAAUUGGUGUUUUUAUAUGCACUUUUUUUAUAAACUUAGAUAUGGUGAAUACUCAGAUUUUGCUUGUGCUUAGCAGAGUUAUUUUCUAAAUAACAAAAAACUUGUAUUUGAAUAUUAAAAAAACUAUUUCCUUUUA